AUGACAUUUGUAAACAAUAUUUUUUUCUUGGUACCAUCUCAGAGAUCAACAGAAUUCAAAACACACAUAGCGUAUACAAAAAAAAAAAAUCUCAAAUGCUCACACAAUCCAACCAUAGUUUACAAACAAGAACCAUUUUUCUGCAAAACCUCGGUUUACAUGUCAAGUCUAAAAGAUAAAGAGUAUCCUUCUCUAAAAAGAAAGGGUCUAUCCAUUGGUUCGGGUAGUUACAAGCCAGUAAACACAUUAGGUGCUGCCCCUCGAAAUGAACUACCCAAUUCUAAUAACGUAUCUGAAGAAACAUUUCUAUCCAACAUAACAAUGAAAGAGAGUUACGCCCCUGGAAAUGAUCCCAGCUUUUCAUUGGAACGUGCCAAAGAACGUCGACAUAGAUUAAAUGGAUUAAGCCAGUCUUUGAAAACCAACCACUCACCUGUGGACGUGACAGAAUUUCAAAUAACGGAUUGUUUUGGCAGUUCUGUCAAUGUUUCGGCUAAAGACUUGAGAGAUGAGCCGGCGGUGUCAAUCAAUCUAAAAUCAUUUCAUAAAGUUGGAGGAGCGUAUUACAGGAGCAUGAGUCGCCGACAGCAUUUACUAAAUAUAUCUAAGAAUGGGGACUACAUUUGCAUUUUUGAAAGUGAUUAUCCGAAAUCAAACUUUCUCAUCAACAUAGACACACAACUAAAAUCUCUAUCGUUUGCACCAGAGGCUCUUGUUAUGGAACUAAAUGAAGGGCAUGAGACUAUUAUUGCAUCACAUUAUGGAAGAGAUAAUGAGGUACGAGAGUAUUUCCAGAACAAUCCAACGACUAAAGUCGAUCCCAGCAAAACAUUGUCGGGGACUGCAUUGCACCGACUUGAGAAGACAGUACAGCUAGAUAACGAUAACGAUAACGAUUUGGACGCUACCGAAAGGAGUGUUUCUCGGACUCGUCCAAUCCGAGUACGAACACGGCAAGCAUCCAAGGCGUUUUGGUCUCUGGUUGCUGAAGAAAAUAAGGAAGAUCCUUUGGACAUAGUGAAGAUUACAGAUGAUUCACCUAUUGAGAGCGUUUUUGUUGAGGAUGACUAUAUUCCGUAUGAAAAGCCAGCGCCAUUUGAACCUGACUUGCAGUAUACUUUUCCUGAUAACAAGAUAUUUCGAAUCACAGCUAAAGAUUUUGCCACAUUGUAUAACAACGAUUGGAUCAACGACGCUGUGAUGGACUUUUGCAUACGCUACGACAUAGAAGAGGCAAUUAACCAAGGAGUCGUUAAUCGAGAAGACGUUUAUGCGUUUAAUUCGUUUUUCUACACAAAAUUAACAUCUGGUAAAACCGAAGACUACUAUAAUAAAGUGAAACGAUGGGUACACAAAAUAGAUUUAAUGUCUUUUUCCCAUAUUAUAAUGCCUAUUAAUGAAAAACACCAUUGGUAUUGUUGUAUUAUUCGAGGAUUGCCCACUUUGUUGGAAAUGAUCAAACUGCAAAAAGAAAAAUCCAACAAUGCCGAUUCUCCCGAUUCUGAAGAAAUGUUUAAACGAUGGGGAGUUGAAAUAUUUGUGUUUGAUUCGUUGGGUUUACGGAGAGAUAAUGUGAAGAAACCCCUAAAGGCGUUUUUGAUUGAUUAUUGCAAAGACAAAUACAAUUAUGACGUAAAUACCGACCAAAUCAGGGUUACGGCAGCCAAAGUUCCACGUCAGAACAAUUACAAUGAUUGUGGCUUACAUGUGAUUUACAAUGUGAAGAAAUGGCUUUUGAAUAUCGAGGCCUGUGAGUCGUUUUGGAGAAAGUGGCAACGAGGAGCUGCGAGAACCAUUUUUCUAGCCGACGAGCGAAACAAGAUGAGAAGGUAUUGGAUUGAGACCUUAUUAAAGUUGCAUAGUGAGCAGGCGCCAGCAAUCAAGAGGAGUUCCCAUGCCAAUGAGGAAGAGGAUGAUGACGAUAUUGUGGAAAUAGUGGACACUAAAACUAUUGUGCCUCCCCCUACAGACCAGCCCAAUCUCUCGCCACCAUCUAACCAAAAAUCAAAUGCUGUAUUUGACAAUAGUUUUCUAAAUCAGGAAUUUGGUAAUGAACACAUUCCGAGAUUUGUUGUUGAAACUUUAAACAAGAUUUUCCCCAAGAGGAGUUUGCACAUACCAGAUGAAAUGAAAAAACUUGUUUCAGCGUUUAUCAAAGAUUCACAGAGCAACGUUUCGUCAGAACAAGAACUCAAAGAAGUAUUUAUAAGGAACCACGAAGUGAUAAAAAAAGAGAUUGAAAAUCAGAACAGACCGAAAAACAAAACUAUUAGAAUUACAGAUGCUGUUUCAAAUUUACGAAUAGAUCCAGGUACGUUUUUUUGUCCAACCCAUAAAGAGAUUAGCAGUGGAUUAAGAAAAGAUCAAUUACUUGAGGAGAUCGAUGCCAGACCAAUAAUCAAGGCAAUACGCACACCACAAGAGUCCGACCAAAAUUCUAAUGAAAAGGAUGCGGAGGAUCACGCCACAUCUGAUUCUGAACACGUCCAGGUAGAAGAGGUUAAUUUAGAAGAGGACCGCAACUCUCGUCAACGGUUCACUAGAUCUCGCCAACGGGCAAAGCAAAAUAUUAUGGAUCUUGCAAUUUUUGAUAACAUUGAUAGAAAACGAAGAAAGUGUGAAUAG